GAGUUAUCGGUUGAAGGAGUGACGUUACGUCUGAAAGAUACAAUGAUAAUUCGUAUUGAAAGAAUUAAGGAGUAAUUAAUAAUUUCGUGUAACAAAGGACUAAAUAAUAGUGAAAAGUAAAUCAAAAAUCAAAUAAGGAGGAAAAGGUGGAAAUAUAGCGCGUGAUUUCGCGCGAAAAUGAGCUUAAACAUAACCAAGUUUUUUUCUAAAAAGAAAAGUGUCAAUGUUGAAACAGUGGCGGAAAUAGGCUUGCCUACCAAUGUCUCGCAUGAAUUUCACGUUAGUAAAAAUGCAGAAACAGGUCAGUUGGAGGGUUUACCUAUUUCCUGGAUACGUUUUCUUAACACGCAAAUAUCUAAGUCCGAACAGGAUGAACAUCCUGCGGCAGCAUUGCAAGCUAUCAAAUUUUACAAUUACUCAAUUAAACGUAAACCACAGGAGAAAGUAUUUAAAGCACUUGUCACGGAGAAUCUUAUAGAAGAAGAAUCGGAAGAGAUUGAUAAUAUAUUGACUAAGAAGUAUCAGAGUCAAUCAUGUGACUCGGAUAGUUCCAAUUCAGCUAGUUCAACUGAUAGCCAGGUACUACCACCAACUUUACCAGAACUUCCACCUAAAGUCAAUAAAGUGCCAAAACCAGCACCAAGAACUUUCAUAGAUAGGAGUGAUAGAUUUGAAAAGACUUUGACUGAGAUUCUUGAAGAUCUUAAAGUAUACAACGUCGAGGACGAUAAUAGUAGUAGUAGUUUACUUUACGAGGAAAUUGGUGGUAAAGAGAUUGAGGAGGAGGAGGAGGAGGAGGAGGAAGACGAUUACAAAAUCAAAACCGAAGAAAGUCCUGUACUGCGUAGAAAAACAGACUAUAGUGGUGUCAAAUUGAGUGAUCAAGAAGUAUUCGAUGAACUGAGAUCUAUUUGUCAAAGAGGUGAUCCUACUCUUAAAUUUGAUAGAAGUAAGGAAGUUGGUGCUGGCGCAUCUGGCACCGUAUUUGUAGCUACUGAUCUUGAAAAUAAUCAAAAAGUAGCCAUUAAGGAUAUCGACUUGUCUAAGCAACCAAAAAAGGAACUCAUAUUGACUGAAAUCAAAGUUCUCAAAGAAUUUCAACAUCCAAAUUUAGUUAAUUUCUUGGACGCAUAUCUUUUAGAUUAUCAUUUGUGGGUGGUCAUGGAAUUAUUGGAAGGAGGACCACUUACCGAUGUUGUCACCGAGACUGUUAUGAAGGAGGCACAAAUUGCUGCCGUCUCUAGAGAGGUUUUGAAAGCGAUAAGUUUCCUUCACAAAAGGGGUAUCAUUCAUCGAGAUAUUAAAUCGGACAACGUGCUAUUGGGUAUGAAUGGAACUGUCAAAGUAACUGAUUUUGGUUUUUGCGCUAAUAUUAAUGGCGAUGAAAAGAGACAAACUAUGGUGGGUUCUCCUUAUUGGAUGGCACCGGAAGUAGUGACGAGAAAACAAUAUGGAAAAAAAGUAGACAUUUGGUCGCUCGGUAUAAUGGCCAUUGAGAUGAUUGAGGGUGAGCCACCUUAUAUGAAAGAAACCGCCCUAAGAGCAUUAUAUUUAAUUGCUGCCAUUGGUAAACCUUCCAUACCAAGAUGGGAAUCGCUUAGUCCUACGUUUCAAAACUUUUUGGAAAGGUGCCUUGCUGUUGAAGUCGAUGAAAGAGCAACCGCGGAUGAGUUGCUUUCUCAUCCCUUUUUAGACAAUUGUGCAGAAUUGACUACAUUAACGCCAUUGAUACAGGCUGCGCAAAGAAUUCUUCAUAAAGUCUACAAUUAAUUCAUUUUAGUAGUAUUUAGUAGUAUUUAUAUAAUAAUCCUUCAAUUAAGCACAACGGUGCUUUUGAGUAAGUAUUUUCAUUCAUUCAUUUCAUAGGCACUAUCUGUUAUAUAUAUAUAUAUAUAUAUAUAUAAUAUCUUUCUUUCUUAUCAAUCAAUGUAUGUCUUUCUCAAAAAUGACUAAACGAUCAACAGUAUUAUGGAUUUCAGUAAGAUCCACUAUUUGGAUUUUUUUUUACAAGUUAUUUUAUGUGUUCUAUAAGGUUUUAAAUAUAUUGGCGAAAACAAAACUAUAAAGUUCACUUCAUGUGCAAUAUAAAUAUGUACACAUACAUAUACGCUGUGGUCGUCGUCGUCGUCGUCGAUUUUAUAAUUGCAUUUUUAUUGCAUUUUAGGUAUUCACGUAUACGCACAUAUGUAUAUGUACAUAUAAAAUAUGUAAUGCUAUACUACCUAAAUGAUUUGUGUAACUUUUAUCUUUGUAUUCUAUGCAAAACAAUUAUUGUACUUAUAUUGAGAAUACUUUCAGUAGUGAAAAGAAAACACAAACACGUGCAAACGCUUAAAUAGUGGGUGCCUAUUUUACCAUCAGUACUUUCUUCACAAAGUGCAAUUAUUUUUAAUCUUCUCCCGUGUUAAAAUAAAUAACGUUAAAUCAUACUGUUGUAAAUAAUUGACAAAUGUUUGGCUUAACAUUGCAAUUUAUGAAUGCAUUAUUAACCAAUUGCGAGUAUUAAAUAGUACAAUGCAACACACUGCUUAACAUAGAAUGUAUUUUUGGAAAGUUAUACACACGCAUAUGAAUAGUUUUAUAGAAUUUUUUCAGAUUCCACGAUAAUAUACAUUUUGGGGAGAAAUAUUUUUAUAUUUUACAGCGAGUAAUAUUAUCGCUCAACCAAAUAUAUUAUAUAUUCUAUCUCUAAGUUUUAUAACGUAAUAUUAUCCUGUACAUAUAAGUAAACGCAUAUCGACAAUAUUUAUAAGGGUGUUUCAAUUUUAUAAUAAAGUAAUACGAAUGAUUGUUCUAACUAUAGAUUAGAUAGAAUUUUAAGCACUAAACUUCAAUAACAAACAAAAUCACGACUGUGAUAAGUAAACUAUUGAAUUUAAUUCCAUACAAUUAUUCAUUAAUCUCUUUUUAUAAGAUUUACGUGAAUGCUGCCUGAUAUAAAUAACUAAAUGGUUUAUUUUGGUUGUUUACCUCUUUUAUUUCAUAUUUCCAAUUAUUUCAUGUCGUCAUAUUUAAUUAACUAAAAAAAAGAAAACAAUAGUGAACUCCCGAGUUUGUGCCUUUAAUGUACGACGAAUAUAUGCGUCAUUAUGGAAUUUUAUCAAUGCUCGUUUAUGUAUAUCAAUUAAAUAAAUAUUAUAAAAUUGUUCACUUUAAAUGAUGAUUAUUAUUAUUAUUAUUACAACAUUUUAUAUCCUAUCCUCUAAUUCCUUCGAAGAACGUUUUAUUCUUAACAAUUAUUUAAACUGUACAAAUAAAAUGAGAGACUUAUUUACGUUGACAUUAUGUCAAUUGUGUAUUUGGUGAAUAUAUUAUAAAUUAAAACUUAUAUACAUACAUAUACAUAUAUAUAUA